GUAAUUUGUAGUGUCUCUCCGCGCAUGCGCGAGGCCGGCGCGGCUGCGCGGUGGCUCGCUGGAACACGGGCGUUGCAGGCAUAUCCACACUUUACACAAUAUUACAGUAUAUUCUAUCAAAUUAUACAAUUUUAACAACCCUAUUACCAAGUAAAUAGUUAGGCAGUUCAUAUAAUCAUGAAUAGGGGAAGCUUUUGAGUGAAAACAAGGAUUGGAAGGUGAAAAUUAAAUUAGUGCCGAGUUUCUGAUGUGCAAGCCCGCUGCGCUAGUUUUCCUGGUUCUCCUCUCGUGGGACUACGAAUGUGCCAGCGCUCAAUAUGAUGGCAAGAUAUCGCUUAACACGGUGCAGGGGUGGGCGGUCAAGCUCGGGACAGAGCUGUACCACUUCGGAGAAUUCAUCACCAGGAAGAAAGAGGUUCAAGAUAGCUUCAAAUCAGCGCAGAUCGAGUCCCGAGACGGGGAGAAGCUGGUGCAGAGCAUGUCCGACGACAUCCGCGCCAUGAUGGAGCUCAAGAUCAGCGCCGUGAAGCGCAUCGUGGAGGCCGCCGAGAACAUGGCCUUCGACAAGCAGAACGAGCCCGUGCCCGACGACUUCCAGUUCUAUAACAGUAAAGAGAUGGACGAGCCGUACGACGACGGUUCCUCCACCACGACCGUGGAGCCGGACUUCAACCUGGAGAACUGGAUCCUGCGCCCCUCCACCAAGAGCGCGCACACCGCGCCCAACGCGCACUUCUCUGACAUACCCGUGAACACCAACUUUAGCUCCGUGCACGUGCCGAGCAAUGUGUAUGCUUGGGCGCCUGAAGUUAUCAAAGGAAUCCACUGGUCGGAAGGCUUGGAUACUCACUUCAUAAACAAUUACCAGAGUGAUCCGACACUGUCUUGGCAAUUCUUCGGAAGUUCUACAGGCUUCAUGAGGCACUAUCCAGCGAUGCAAUGGCGCGCCGACCCAGUAGACAUCUACGACUGCCGCACCCGCGCGUGGUACAUGGAGGCGGCCGCCAGCCCCAAAGACGUGGUCAUCCUCGUCGACCGUAGCGGGUCAAUGACCGGCCAGCGACGGGACAUUGCCAAGCAUGUGGUGACGAAUAUUCUGGACACAUUGGGAAAUAAUGAUUUUGUGAAUGUUAUGACGUUUGCGGAUACUGUUGUCGAGCUGGUGCCGUGUUUCAAUGAUUCUCUUGUGCAGGCAACUCUGGGCAAUCUACGGGACAUCAAAUUGGCGUUAGAUAAUUUUGAAACGAUGGAGAUCGCGAACUUCUCCGCGGCGCUGACGCGGGCCUUCGAGCUGCUCGAGAUCUACCGCAACAACAGCGGCGGGGCCAACUGCAACCAGGCGAUCAUGUUGGUGACCGACGGGGUCCCCUACAACUACAAGGAGCUAUUCGAGAAGUACAACUGGAAGUACGACACUCCAGUCCGCGUGUUCACGUACCUGAUAGGGCGUGAGGUAAAGGUGGCGGACGUGAGAGAGGUGAAGUGGAUGGCGUGCGCCAACCGCGGGUUCUACGUGCACCUGAGCACGCUGGCGGAGGUGCGCGAGCGGGUGCUGGAGCACGUGGACGUGCUGGCGCGCCCGCUCGUGCUGCAGCGGGAGAAGCACCCUGUAGUGUGGACGCCGGUUUAUGCGAAUAUUACCGAUCCCAAAGUGGCGGACUACCUGUGGGACCAGCGCGAGCGCGCGGAGCAGAAGGAGCGCUUCAUGGCGCAGCGCCGGGACAAGGUGCACUUCAACUCCGACAAGGAGCAGGAGCGGAGGUGGAGGAUCACUAAGAUGAACCAGGGUCAGUACAGCGAGAUCGGAAACUCGCAGUACCAGCUGAUGACGUCGGUGUCCAUGCCGGUGUACGACCUGCGGCACAACGAGUCCGUAGAGGAGAACGGCCAGAAAGAGAUGCGAAUCGCUAGACUCUUGGGAGUCGCGGGUACCGAUGUACCUCUGUCCGAAAUACAAGCUCUGAUGACUCCCUAUAAGAUCGGAGUUAAUGGAUACGCUUUCAUAGUAACAAACAAUGGGUACAUACUCAUACACCCGGACCUGCGCCCCGUGUUUCAGCAAAUUCUGAAACCUAGCUACAACAGCGUCGACAUGAUCGAAGUGGAACUGUUCGACGACGAUAGAGGGCCCAGGAACUUCAGUAAAGAACUAAAUGCGCUCCGCAAAGAGAUAAUAGAUCAAAAGACAGGAAACAAGAUCAUGAACGUGAAAUACCAUAUGGAUGAUUUCAAACGCAUGUCCCGCGGCAAACGCCACUUCUACUGGACGGGCAUCGCCGACUCGCCGUUCACGCUCGUGAUCGCCAUCCCCGAGGGCUACGGCCGCCAGCGCCUCACGCCGCCGCCCACGGACGACAUCCACCGUCUGUCGCUCACGUCGAAGAACAUAUCUGCCAGGCAGUACCUGUCGGAGAAGUGGAGCGUGCAUCCUGAUUGGCUAUACUGCCGCCACUACGAGCGCACCUUCUCCUCCCCCGAGGAGGAGCUGCUGUACUUCCUGGAGCGCGUUGCGCGGCCCGGCUGGCGCUGGCCCGCCAAGCCGCGCCCGCCCGAGCACCACAGGAACAAGCACGAGCGACAUAACAACGGAUCAUCGGAAAAGGAGAGGAACAAGGUAUCUAGCACAACACCAAGGAAUGAGUAUUAUUGUGACCACGGUCUGAUGCAGGCCUUGGUCUACGAUGCUCGCAACACGGCCUGGUUCAACAAGACCAUCUCAGACUCAGCCUCGGAUGAUAAAGCGUCGGAGUUCAUCCAGCGCUUCGGGCACCUGGUGGCGUUCCUGUCCACGCACAGCGGCCUCACGCGCUGGCAGACGCACCCGCCGCGCCCCGACCACGACGGAGAUAAGCUAGAAUUCGGCAAGCGCUGGCCAAAAUCCAUCGACGAGGUGUGGUACCGCCGCGCCGUGGAGCAACACGCUGUGGACCCGCUCAGCUUCGUGUACUCCCUGGAGCUGAACACCGACACUUUCCCCGUGAAUAUCAGCUCGGCCAUGGUGACAGCAGCACAUGCGGUCUUCCACGCUGAUGGGCAUAGGAAGGCGCCAGCGGCGACCGUCGGGUUCCAGUUCAGACAUGAUAGGCUGACUGAGUGGUUCGAGAAUAUUACGUCAUCGUGUGAGCACAACAAGGAGUGCGUGACGUGCCAGUCGGACAACUGGGACUGCUACCUGGUGGACAACAACGGCUGGGUCGUCGUCAGCGAGGACUCCUCUAAUACGGGACAGUUCUUUGGAAAAGUGCGUCCCGACAUAAUGAGCACUCUGCUGCAAGAGGAGGUGUUCCGCGCGGUGCACAUGAUGGACUACCAGGCCGUCUGCUUCCGGCACAAGUUCAACACCACGUACAGCAACCCCUCCACCAUGCUGUAUACGCCGCUGGAGCACGUGCGCCUGCUAGUGGCAUGGUUCCUGGCCACCAGCGUGUGGCUCUACAACUCCGUGGCGCUCACCGUGGCCCAGAGCUUCUCCUUCGAUGACGAGUUUGUUACACCCACCGUGGCGUACCAGAACUACGAAAACGACGAGAUGACCGACGAGUCCUUCAUGUCGAAGCCCCCGUCAAGGAUCCUGGAGCGAGACUUCGAGAAGUUAGUCCUCAUCAACCGGACCCGCCCCACUCCGUGCGACCGAGAGAUGUAUUUAUACCAGCUAGAUUAUAACGGGUUGGAGCAUAAGUUGAACAAGCCGUUGGCUGACUGCAACAGACCGUUCUACGUUCAGUUGGUGAACUAUACGAAUCUGUUGCUGGUUGUGGUGGACGCUCUGUGCCCUCGUGAGGAGGCUCCGGUGCCCUCGGUGGACCCCGUCGAGGUGUACUACAACGUGACGCUGCCGUGCUUGAAGCAUAUGAACCCGCUGUACAGACGGCAGCCUACCUCGUGCAUCCGGAACCAUACUGAGGAAAGCAACAUUGACAUGUGUGGGCGCGCCAGUAUUCCCAGAACUACGCUCAUUUGGAUACCGACUAUUUUAGCUGCUCUAACGUACCUGUGAAUGUAUCACUCAUGAUUACAUCUAUGAGUUAAU